AUGAUCACUCUGGGCCGUCCGGGCCGAAUUGCGUCGCUGCUGGGCUCGAUCUGGGGGCCGCAUGGGGAUAUUCGCGGCGAUUUGUUUGUCACGGCGGAAACGUUCAUGCCUGCUCUGCCGUGUGGGGUACAGAGUUUUGUUUUGGGUGGAUGGCAGGCGCAGCGUUUGAUGCAAAUUGUUCAGACGAACGACGCCCGCGAUGCGCGCGUCUGGCGAGAUUUGUAUAAUCAAGGGAAGCGAGCGAUGUAG